AUGGGGGGCCAGGAGGCCCCAGCUAGCCCAGCAAGGGGGCCCCCCGUGGGGCCCCCUGUACCCAGGGGGCCCCCUUCCACUGCCCUUGAUUAUACCCUUUUAGAUGCAGGAGAGCCCCUUCUUAGUGGCUUUCCAGAGGUUCCCUUGGGGCCCCAGCGGCAGCUGGGAGGGGCCCCCAUGUACCCUUUUGAGGGCCUCCCAGGGGGCCCCCUUGGGGGCCCCUCUAGGCUUCAGUACCCUCUAGAACGCUUUGCAGGGGGACCCCCUGGGGCCCCUUCUACCCUUCAGUACCCCCUACAAGGCUUUGCUGGGGCCCCCCUAGGGGCCCCCAGGGCCCCUCAGUACACCCUAGAGGGCCUUCCAGGGGGGCCCCUUAGGGCCCCCGGGGGCUUCUUAGGGGGUCCCCCAGGGGCCCCCCCAGGAAUGAAAGUGGGGCCCUCAGAGCAGCAGCGCAGCAGCAAACUCCUGCUGUAG